AUGGCCACUCUCCCGCCACGCCGUCGUGAAGACUUCACUGUCGCAGUGAUUUGUGCUCUUCCAUUAGAGUUCAAUGCCGUAGAUUUGGCCCUUGACGAGCUGUGGGACGGUCUUGAGCAUGAUUUAGGUAAGGCUGCAGGUGACGCAAACACCUACACGCUGGGUCGAAUCGGCAAGCACAAUGCCGUCCUCGUCCUACUUUCCGGCAUGGGAAAAGUGAGUGCAGCUAGCGCGACUGCCAGCCUUCGUUCGAGUUUCGGGGGUCUCAGGUUAGCUCUCCUAUGUGGCAUAUGCGGUGGCGUGCCUGAUGCCAAUGGCGAUGGGGAGAUACUGCUCGGAGACGUAAUCAUCAGCAAAAGUGUCGUUCAGUACGACCUGGGGCGGCUAUUUCCAGGCCAGUUUGAGCCAAAGGACACCAUUCACGACACUCUAGGUAGGCCGGUCAAAGAAAUUCGGUCUCUGCUCAUUGCAUUCGAAACCCAAAGGCAGAAGCAGCGGCUGCAGAAGGAAAUAUCCAAAGGUCUAGCGGAAAUCCAAACCAAGGCAGUCGAAGAGAGCUACGAUGUCGACUAUCGUAGACCACCACAUGAAGACGUGCUCUUCGAGCCAGAAUACACCCACAGGCAUCGGAAAGACGUACAGUGCAGCUGCAGCGAAACACAGACCUGUGAGCAGGCAACGAAAGCGACAUGCGAUGAGCUCGGCUGUGAUUUUGGAUACCGAGUGUCUCGAAGACGCCUCAAGAAUCAACGAGUCGGGCAAGAAACCCCUUUUGCGGAGCACCAGCCUCGUGUGUUUAUUGGUUCGAUUGGAUCAGGAGAUACCGUCAUGAAGUCUGGCAAGAACCGAGACCAGAUUGCGAGGGAGCACAGCCUAGUCGCCUUUGAGAUGGAAGGGGCUGGAGUUUGGGACGAAAUCCCCUGCAUCAUCGUCAAGGGCGUAUGCGACUAUGCCGACAGUCACAAGAACAAGACUUGGCAGCACUAUGCUGCGGCAAUAGCUGCGGCGGCAGCGAAGGCACUUCUCGAUCGUUAUGCGCCGGCAGCCGGCCUGAUUGAACAGGUUAAGCAAGUCGAGACGACUGGGUUCUCGCCAAAGUUUCUGGUACCAUACGUCAAAAACCCCGAAUUCGUUGGCCGAGAAGAGAUCCUCAACCGUAUCGCGCAGCUAUUCGGGGACACGCAGACUAGUUUGGUCACUGCGAAACUACGCUCAAGAGUGGCACUCCAUGGGCUCGGCGGUGUUGGCAAGACGCAAAUCGCGUUGGCCUAUGCUUAUUGGCUACAUGAGAUUUCUCCCGAAGUUUCCGUCUUCUGGGUCCACGCCAGCAACCGCCAGCGCUUUCGCCAGGCUUUCACAUCAAUCGCUCAAGUAUGUGGCAUCCCGGGCUACGACGGAAAGAAGGCCGAUACACUUCUUCUUGUGAAACAGUGGCUUGAGAGCGAAAAGAGCGGUUCUUGGCUACUGAUUAUUGACAAUGCCGACGACAAGGAGACUUUCUUUACGGACUCUGGAGAAGACGGCGUUGGCAUAGAUGUGCCGGAACUUGCAUCUGAAGGUGGACUGGGCCACUUCAUCCCUGAGUGUCUCCACGGAUCCAUUCUCAUAACGACGAGGGAUAUGCAGACAGGCCUCAGGAUGACAGCUGGGACUCCCCCAAUCAAGGUCGAUGAGAUGAUCGAUCCUGAGGCUGUUCAGCUGCUACAGUCCUUGCUCCCGAACCAUAAAUUUUCUUCCUCGGAGGCAAUCACGUUAGCGUCUCGGCUUGAGCACUUGCCAUUGGCAUUGGCACAAGCAGCUUCCUUCAUUCUCAAAAACUUCUUGUCCAUCAACGACUAUGUUCAAAUACUGGACAAGAGCGACUCUAGUCUGGUGCGUCAGCUAAGUGAGCCCUUCGCGUCCAUAGGACGGGACUCGAAGACUCCUCAUGCGCUGACGGCCACCUGGCUGAUUUCUUUUCGUCAAAUCGAGCAGCGGUAUCCCUUGGCGGGCAACUUGCUAUCCUUCAUGAGCAUGUUUGAUCGUCAAGCGAUUCCCAAAGACUUUCUCACAGACUACUGCUAUGAGCAGCUGCGGAACAAGUCAGACUCUGUCGUCGACGUGGAUAGCCCUUUUGAGGGGGACUCCGGCAUUGGCUCAGACCAUUGGUCUGAUUCAGCAACCGCCGGUGCCGGUUCCGAUGCCGGCUCUGAUUCCGGCUCUGAUUCCGGCUCUGAGGCCGACUCUGAGACGACGUUGGAAGUCACAAACGCCUUGGGAAUUCUCCAAGCAUUUUCUUUCAUCUCUCAAGCGAGCAAUGACACUUACGACAUGCAUAGACUCGUGCAUUUAGUCACACGGAAACGUCUGUUGCAAGUGUCGAAGGUGCAGAGCUUUUCAAGCGAGGCUCUCAAGAUGAUGGCUCGAGCUUUCCCCUUUGGUAAUUUCGAGAAUCGACUGGUGUGUCUUGCAUAUCUACCUCAUGCCCUGACACUCCUGUCACGGUCAAACCCCCAGUCCGCCAAGGCGAGAAUCCAAACUGGAGAACUACUGUACAAUGUAGCCGGAUAUUUUGACUACCAAGGGCAAUAUUCGGAUGCAGAGAAGUAUCUGACACGAGCUCUGGAACUUCAAAAAGCGGUAUUUGGGCAGGAUCACCCUGAAACUCUCGAGACGAUGAGCGCUUUGGCGUGGGCGAACAUCAGUCAAGAUCAUCCAGAGGAAGCAGUCGAGUUGCUUCUGCCCAUGUUGGAAGCCCAAAAGAGGUUACUGGGAGAAAGCCAUAGACAAGCAUUAUACACGCGCCGUCAACUUGCACAUGCGUAUCUGAGACAGAAGCGCAGCGAAGAGGCAGAGAAGCUGCAUUUGGAGACUCUCGAGAUGUGUGAAGUAGGCGGUGGUGAUGAGGAGGAAGCUUUAGAGAUCUUGGGCGAUCUAUCAGCUGUAUACUAUCAGCAGAGACGUUAUGAGGAGGCAGAACAGUUGCAACUGCGGCUAUUGGAGGGAAGUAGGAAAACAAAAGGAGAGGAUUCUGAGGUCACAGUUUCGACCAUGACAAUGCUAGGGGUUACGUAUACAACGCAAGGACGUCUACGAGAGGCAGAGCAAAUGUUCUCACAGGCGCUCCCUCGAAGCAGGACGCUGAUGGGUGAGGACCAUUAUAGUACGGUAAGACUUAUGGCGUAUUUAGGACAAGUCCACACGAAACAAGGUCGUCUAGUAGAAGCAGAGGAGUUGCUUCUGAAGGCGCUAGACAUACAGAGAUGUACAGAAGACGAGGAGCACGAUGAUACGAUAUGGGCUAUUGCAAACCUAGGACGAGCCUACAAGAAGCAAGGUCGUCAGAAAGAGGCAGAAGAAUUAUUGUUGAAAGCGUUUGAGAUAUGGAAACCCAAGAAAGGCGAAGAGCAUGAAAACACAGCAUGGAUUAUGGGAGAGUUGGGUGGCUUCUAUGCUGAUCAGAACAGACUAGUGGAAGCGGAGGAGCUACAACAGCGAGCGUUGAAAGUGCUGAGAAAGGUUUCAGGGGAUGAACACCCCAGCACUCUAAGGCAAGAGAAUAACUUGGCUUGGACGUGGUGGGACCAAGGUCGAAAAGAGGAAGCGAUUCAGCUCAUGCGUAAGUGCGCCAAGAGUCGAGAAUGUGUUCUUGGUCGAGAUCACAAACAAACAAUCAACUCCUUCAGAGCAUGGUCAAGGUGGGAGAAAGAGAUGGAGGCGGAGGACAACAGCGAGGAUGAGUUGGGGAGCGAUAGCGAAGAUUCCAGCGGAGAUGGGGGAGAUGCAUAUGUAGGCUCCGACGACGAGUCGGACAAUGGCGAAGGAGCACGCCUAUAG